UCGAAUCGUCUCCAAAUUUCAAUGAUUUUCUUGGUUUUUUACCCAAAGUUUCAAUCUUUUCCAGAGAUCAGCGAUUGGUAGAGAGGGAUUUGCGAAGAGAUGCCACAAUGGCUCGCUUCAAGCAUGAGAUCGAACUCCCUCGCUUUCGCAGGGCGAGGGCGCUGGGACGAGGAUGGAAAUGGCGGUGCUCGCUCUGGAUUUUCUCAUUCUCGAUGUUGCUAUUCAUAUGCUUCUCUUUUUUCGUCGCUAAGUUCUUCUUUCACGGUUCACUCCAAGGGCAGGUUGGCAAAGAAUUUUUCAUGAGAGGAAACUUGAAUGGUGAACAGAGAAACGAGUGAUGUGUACUUGGCUGACAAAGUAAAUAUGCCUUCCCAAGUUAAAGAUGUUGAUGGUAGCACCUCAAUGAAUGGUCAACAAAAUAGAUCUGAAUUGGAGAGCUCAAGACCACCUAAACGAAAGUCACACAAAAAUUACAGUCCAUGUCAAAUCGAGUUAACAGAGUCAAUUGGUGAUCUUCUGGAACCAGAGAAUUACAUGAACUUUACAAAGUUUACACUUGAAUAUGUUGCAAAAGAGGGAAAAUUUAGUGAGGAUGAUAGCUUUGUACCAAAAUUUGGUGGUCAUCAAACUCUUGAAGAGAGGGAAGCGUCAUUUCACGCAACUGACCAAACGAUACAUUGUGGUUUCGUCAAAGGACCAACUGAGCAUCCCAGCUCUGGUUUUGAUUUGGAUGAGCAAGAUAAGGAUUACCUGUCUGCUUGUCAUGUGGCGGUGUCAUCAUGCAUUUUUGGAAGUUCGGACUAUUUGAGAAGACCUGCAAGCAAGAAGAUUGGCACAUAUUCUAAGAAGAAUGUAUGCUUCGUCAUGUUCCUGGAUGAGCUAACGCUGAAAACACUUUCUUCAGAAGGACAAGUUCCUGACAAUCAGGGAUACAUUGGCUUGUGGAGAAUUGUCAAAGUGAAAAACUUACCGUACACGGACAUGCGGAGAACUGGAAAAGUGCCAAAAUUUUUAGCACACAGACUCUUUCCAUCAGCAAGGUAUUCAAUCUGGAUUGACAGCAAAAUGAGAUUAAAUGCUGACCCACUUCUCAUCAUUGAAUAUUUUUUGUGGAGAAAGAGGUCAGAGUAUUCUAUUUCAAAUCAUUAUGAUAGACAUUGUGUCUGGGAGGAAGUUCUCCAAAACAAGCGCUUGAAUAAGUACAACCAUACAGCCAUUGAUGAACAGUUUCUGUUCUAUCAGUCUGAUGGCCUUACAAAGUUCAAUAAAUCUGAUAUGAAUAGUCCUCUUCCAAGUUUUGUGCCUGAAGGUUCAUUUAUUGUGCGUGCUCACACGCCCAUGUCAAAUUUGUUUUCCUGCUUAUGGUUUAAUGAAGUCGACCGCUUCACUUCACGAGAUCAGUUGAGUUUCGCAUACACUUUUCUGAAGCUGAAGAGAAUGAACCCUGGAAAACCAUUUUUCCUUAACAUGUUUAAGGAUUGUGAGCGAAGAGCCAUGACGAAAUUAUUCCAUCAUAGAGCAGAAGUCCAGCAGCUGCAUCCCUGAGAGCAUAUUUAACUCUUGAAACUUGUGUGCACAUACAUCCUCCAGUUCAAGAAGUCUUGUGUUUUUAAACCCAAAACUCUUGUACCAGAGUCCAGUUUAGAAGCUGUGUGAUUGAGAGGACAAUGAAUGCCCCCUGUGAUUCUAUCCAGAGAACGCCAAACCCACAAGCAAUACUAUAAUUUUGAGGUUUCCAAUUUGUAUACACCAUUCAAACUUAAGGACUUAUUCCUGAUUCAAAUUGUAUCAUUUGUUGAGAAUCAAUAGUAAUUUUUCAGUGAUAGAAUUCAACUUUGUGGUUUAUCAUUGUGUAGUCUUGAAAUCAAUAGUAGCUAAAAAA